GCACUUCAGCGACCAAUUACCCCUGUCGAGUCUUGCAGAUCGCGACGCGCAUUUGGAACAGGCGGUAGGGGCAGACUGAGAAAGAACGAGCCAAAUUGGUGUAGAUUGUAUCCUGAAGUCUUCUUUUCAGGAUAUACGCUUUUUUCACGAACACUGCUGCACGGAACACCCGAGACCUCGAAAACCCUCCUCCGACCUGCGGCAAACGAAGCGUUGAACAUCCAACGCGAUCGAAGUUUAAAAAGGCGCUGCGAAGCCACCCAAGGAGCCCAGACCCGACCCUCGAUUGGCAUCUUCCACUUUAUCGGUUGAGCCCUCGGAUGGGCCCGGCCGCCCGGCACCAUGCAGCACCGUCGAGAUGAGAUCCUUGCGAAGAAGGCGAAGCUCGCAGAGCUCAAGCGCCAGAGGGAGCUUCGCGCGAGCCAGGCCAACCGCUCAAGCAUCACCCCAAGCGAGAUAAUAUCGCCAACCCCGGGCCGAGCAGACAACCGGCGCGAGAUCGAAUCCCUAAUCGACAGCCUCGUUCGCGAGAGCAGGCCUGUGUCCGUCUCGACGGGCGCCAACUCCCCCGGCCGCUUCGGCAGCCGGCCAAACAGCGUCCUCAGCGCAGGCGAGAGCGAGAAUGUGUCUGAAUUCGCUGGCCCAGCAAGCGGGCAAGUGGUGACUCCCCAGCCCCAGGUGCUGUCUGCGGUACCGUCCAAGACGGUCUACGAAUGCCCCCCGUCGCCGGUAAAGGAGGUCUACUCGUACAGUAAAGGAGUGCAAACAACCGAGGAGUGGACGUCCCCGAGGCGGUCGCGCGCCUUUUCCGACUCAGAAGGCGAGGAGGCAGCAGUCGCGGCGUCGCCGAGCAAGCGCCUGAGCAGGCGAGAGCGGGAUCGGGAGGAAGAGCUGCGAGAGAACAUACGGAAGGAGAUCGAGGAAGAGCUCAAGGCGGCCAAGGAGCUCGUAACGGAUGGCGUCCUGAAACCGUCGGCCGCGGCCAACUUCCCGGCCCGGACUCUGACCGAGGACGAGCUGAGGGCGGUCACGCAGUCGGAGGAAUUCAUGGACUUUAUCGACCGGUCGACCAAGGUCAUCGAAAAGGCCCUGGAUCAAGAAUACGACAUCCUCACCGACUACACCCUCCAGGUGCACGAUGUCGACGACGACGACGAACAGAGCGGCAAUACGGGAGGGAAAGGCCGGCGAAAGAUCAGAGAAAUCGCGCAGUUCUACGACGAUCGGUGGUCCAAGAAACGCAUGGUCAGCGCCGUCGAUUUCUCACCCCGGUUUCCCGAACUCCUCCUCGCCUCCUACACCAAGAACCCCACCGCACCGCACGACCCGGACGGCAUCGUGCAGGUCUGGAACCUGCACCUCCACGACCGGCCCGAAUUCGUCUUCCACGCGCAGUCCGACAUCCUCACCGCCAAGUUCUCCCCCUUCCACCCGAACCUCAUCGUCGGCGGUGCCUACAGCGGGCAGGUCCUCCUCUGGGACACGCGCGCGCGCGCGGCGCCCGUGCAGAAGACGCCCCUCACGGGCAACGGGCACACGCACCCGGUCUACUGCAUCGACAUCGUCGGCACGCAAAACGCAAACAACAUCAUCUCGGCCUCGACCGACGGCGCCGUCUGCGGCUGGAGCGUCGACAUGCUGGCGCAGCCGCAGGAGUCGCUGACCCUGGUCGCCCCGCUCCCGUCCAAGACGGAGGACCUGGCGCCGACGUGCAUCGCCUUCCCGCAGGCCGACCCGACCUUCUUCCUCGUCGGGUCCGAGGAAGGGCCGAUCUACCCGUGCCACCGGUACGACCGCGCCGGCGCCAAGGCCGGCGUCGACACCCGCGUCAGCUACCGCGGCCACGCAGCGCCCGUCAUGUCCGUCUCGUUCCACCCGGCCCGCGGGCCCGUCGACCUGGGCGACCUCGUCCUGUCCGCCAGCCUCGACUGGAGCGUCAAGCUGUGGAAGGUGCGCGCGCCCGCGGCCACGUCGGCGGGGGUCGGCGGCACGGUGGCGGCCGGCGGAGCGGCCGGCGGAGGCAGC